GACCCAGGCGUCGUGUGGGGACACUGAAUGCCCGACCGGGAGGCGGGGUGCUGGGUGCCGGGUGCCUCUGUGUGGCCGCCCUGACCUGCAGCCCCGACUGAGAGGCCCUGACAGUGCCACCUCCUGCAGGGGCUUCACUGUGGGCCCUGCUGCUGCGGGGUCUCUACCCUCACUGACCCGUGUCCAGCCCUGAGCCAGCCCUGCCCCUCGGGGCUCCCCCUUACCCCCCAUCCCUGCAGCCGGAGACGGGAAGGUCAGCGAGAGGCUGCUGGACUACAGCAAAACCAUCCAGGGCCUCGCGCUGCCCAAGAAUGUGCCGGACACCUGCCCCUACCGCUCGGACGCAGCGGACGUCACCACCCGCUUUGACGGGGUCUUCUGGUUUGGCGACUUCAACUUCCGCCUGAGCGGCGGGCGUGUGUCCGUGGAGGCCAUCCUGAGGCAGGACCCGGGAGCCCGCGUGCCCGCCCUGCUGCAGCUGGCCCAGCUCGCCCGGGAGAUGCAGAGAGGGUCCAUCUUCAAGGGCUUCCAGGAGGCAGACAUCCACUUCCUGCCGUCGUACAAGUUUGAUGUCGGGAAGGACUCCUACGACACCUCUUCCAAGCAGCGGACCCCGUCCUACACGGACCGGGUCAUGUACCGGAGCCGCCACCGGGGUGACAUCUGUCCGCUCACGUACUCCUCCUGCCCCGGGGUCAAGACCUCCGACCACCGCCCCGUGUACGGCCUCUUCCGUGUGAAAGUGAGGCCGGGCAGAGACAACAUCCCGCUGGCGGCUGGCAAGUUUGACCGCGAGCUGUACCUGAUCGGGAUUAAACGGCGGAUUUCCAAAGAGAUGCAGCGGCAGCAGGCCCUGAAGACACAGCACGCCAGCGCCAUCUGCACCGUGUCCUGAGGGUCUGCCCCGGGGGCUGGCACCGCCACCGGAAUCCCUGGCGAGGAUGAGGACAUGCUGCACUGAGCACCGUGGCCAGAGGCAGGCCGCCGUCCUGGCAGGAACCCAACGGGACUGGGCUGCAGCGGAGCCGGCCCUCACCUCAUCCCUGGACCAGCCCCGCUGCUCACUUCCACGUUUCCCCGCAGACACCCGGCUUCCCUCUCCGCAGGCAGAGCUUGGGCCGAGGAUGCCCCACCAGACCUGCCACCAUCGCCCAGACUCAGGCCUCUCCAGCAGCAGAGCCUCUCGGCCAGCUCACGGCCGCUCCAGCGUCUGCGUCUCCAUCCCCCGGCCCUUUCUCUGCACACGCCUGGCACCAAGGAGGCUGCUCGGUUGGGUGACGCGGGUCCCCCAAUCCCACGGCACGUGCUGGGGCCGGGACCGGAGCAUGGCCAGUGUUUCAGGGCUGGCCCUGCCCUCCAGCCACCGGUGGCGCCCCCACCACAGGCCUGUCAACAGCAGCAGUGCCCUUGCCAGCCAGAGCCGCUGCUGGAAGCUUAGGCUGGCACCUCCUUGCCACCUGGGCUGGCACCACCACGUCUGGAUUUCAAGGUGUUUAGACCGUUAUUCCUUCCCGUCCGGUUCCAUCUCUUGAAAAGGCGUAGGGUUUGAAUGCAGGGAAACCCAGGGCAUUCAGGCUAGUCUUUCCAAUUAUUUAUUUUCCAUAUUUAUAUUUUUAAAUAAAUGCAUAUUUUGAGUCUUUAA